GCGAUGGCCGCCAAUCACAGGCCACCGCGCGAUGUGUUAGUGAGAAAUGGUCGCACAUUGUCGCGUCAGGACCGUAGAAGUUUUGAUAGAUAGACACAAUAAAUAAUGAGAGAUAAAAGAGAAAAAAUGCCAGUGAUAAAGAGUCAGUGCAAGGUAUAAUCUUUCGUGAAAUUCAGUCACGAGGGUUACUGCAGUGAUAGUUGGACGGAGGGGUUUUCUACCUACCAUGAACGACUCAACGUACAUUACAGAUGGCGUUAUUCUCUGUUUUGUGUUGUGGGAAUUGUCAAUAAGUCCAUGUGUGCUUCUAGAAGAAUACAAUAAUAAUAAUAUACGAAAAAAUACAAAAAAUUUGGAGUGUUAAUCGAUGGAUAAAUGUAAUAAAAUGAGCUCUUUGGACAAGUUGUGAGGGGAUAAAUACAAAAAUGAAUAAGGAUCUAGAAUCAUUAUCAUCAUCAUCGUCAUCAUCGUCCUAUGAAUUGGUCAAAGCCGUAAAAUCGACAGCCGUUGUAAAGUACACAGCAGUUCAAACACCAGCCACUUUUGCCCAGUUGCAAUGUAAUACAGAUUUGAAUCAUCCACCAAGCAAUUGGCUGAGUAGUUCAGCAGAGAGCUAUGGACUGCAGAGUGUAUGGUCCACAAACACUGGAUUUUCAUCUUUUCGAAUGGCCCAUAUGUUUCCUGACUGCGUUGGUGAGGUUGACGUUGUAUCAGAUGCUGAGAAUAUUAAAAAAUUAUUAAAAAUGCCGUACAGUCACAGUGUCAUUUCGAUGAUGGUCCAUAGAAUUGAAAACACACUGCUUCUCGAUGAUUUUGACAUUCAUAAAUAUUUAUUGCGCCAGGCUGAAACAGAUUGGGAAUGGUUGAAGAAAUUCUUUUAUGAAAAUAUAUUUGAGGACACGAGCGAUGACAAGAAGAGUAAAUUAUUUCACAAGACAACUCAUAAUAGCCGCAAUACACUUCAGCAAAAGAAUUUAGUAUCAAAAUUUCUCUAUCAUUCACUGGUUCUAGCCGACAAUGAAUUGCGUAACAAUGUCACUACUAACAAGACCAAUGACAAUAUCAAUUCCAAUAAUGCCAAUCACAAUGAUCAUGAUAGCAGUAAAGAUGAAAUGAGCAUUAAUUCAACUUGCCCAUUAAGCCUUCAAAGUCUGGAGCCAAUGUUACCUGAGCCAACUCGCGAAGAUAAAUUGCCAGAUCCAAAUCACAAUCACAAUUUCACCAGAAAUGUUGUAUGGACAUUUGAGAAUAUACAAAUGCUAAUAGGAACGGAUAUGCCUAUAUUUGGUGGUCAAACCCAUCCAUGUAUCAGUCUGAGGCUUCGAGAUAUGAAUAAACCUAUCAAUGUUCUGACUGGUAUUGAUUACUGGCUCGAUAAUCUCAUGUCCAAUGUUCCUGAAGUGGUCAUGUGUUAUCAUUUGGACGGUAUUGUUAAAAAAUACGAACUCAUAAAAACUGAGGACCUCCCUAAUCUGGAUGAUGCUAAAUUCAGUCCAAAAGUUAUUCGUGAUAUUGCUCAAAAUAUAUUGAGUUUCUUGAAGAAUAAUGCAACAAAAGCUGGUCAUACAUAUUGGUUAUUCAAAGGUAAAGAUGAUGAUGUAGUCAAACUUUAUGAUUUAACAUCACUGUGCACUGAUAUUGGCAGCGAUGAGCCAGAGCCGGAGACCGAGACGGAGACCGAGACCGAGAGGGAGAGGGAGCCAGAGCCAGAUAAAGAACAGAAUCCAUUUACAGUGCCUGUUGCUAUGCUUCUAUAUCGAGUCGCCAGAAAUAUGAAAUAUUCAAUGGAUCGGCCAACUAGAGGACACAAAGGCACCAUCCGAAUGCUUCUCACAAAUUGCAUACAAUUAUUGAAUCGAAAAAAAUAUCCACAAAUUGUUACCUCUGCCCAUUACAUGCUCUCUGAUCUAUAUGUUCCUGCUGAUACAGAUCCUGCUAAGCCCAUUCUCAUGGAAGACGAUUAUCAAGAUGAUCCGGCAUCAGAUUGCAGGAGUACUAGCAGUAAUCAGGAUGUUAAUGAUACCACCACAGAAUGCCAUGACAACAACCAUUCUAACGAUUCUUUGAAUGAACAUGACAAUAUUGAGGAGAAUGAUGACGGUAUGAGUGCCACUGCCAGUGUCAAAUCACUAAUGCUUGCGCACAUGAAAGACCAAUCUGAACACGAAGAAUCCAAGUACAAACCACCCCCAGUGAGUGGAACUGUUGUUGAACGUUGUCGAAUGGCUCUCGAUCAUGUCUACAAUGGAUUGCAAUGUCUAAUAUACUUUCCCACAAGUACCUCAGUCCCUGAUAAUGCUGAUAAUCAUGUGUAUAAUAAUAAAUCGGAUAAUCAUCGUCACGAUGUCAAUGCAACAGUACAACAGGACCACCAAAACAUAGCGAAACCAUUCGAAGCAAUACCAAUGCCAUAUUAUCCUCUGGACACAGAUAAUACUCAGAAUAAACAGACUAAUAGUGGAGAAAUUUCAAAUUUGAAUAAUCGAAAGAAGAGUCAGAAGAAGAGAGUCCGUAGAAAUGAAAACAGUUUGACAAAUAGCAACAGUAAACCUCAUCAUCAUCAUCAGCAGCAGCAGCAGCAGCAGCAGCAGUUGAUUAUUGAUGGACAGUCAACAGAGAAUGCCUUGCUAUUGUGUCAAAAGACUAAAGUUGAGACAUUACCAACUUGGGAAGCACCGAAAAAGACAGAUAACCAUAGCUGGAAAGCCCAUUUGAAAGCCUUGCUCUAUGAAAAAGCAGCAUUAAUAUUUGCAGUCCUUGCUGAAUACCAAUACGCUAGUCCACAAUGUAAUUACGGUGCUUCUCUCAGAUAUAUCCUCAAUGUAUUAAAAUGUCAAGAAAUUUUGGAAAUAUUCUGUGCUAUAAGAAAUGAUAAAUCAACCAGUUAUCUACUAGGAAGAGCGGGCGAUUGUUGCUUGAUGGCUGUUCAAGAUUGGCGUAAUAUUGAUAAGCAUAGGGAAGCAUUUAAUAAAAAAGAUGACAUAGAGGAUAAAAUUGUUGGAGAAAUAACGAGCACUGAGUACUGUUUUGAAGCUUUGAAAAGUAUUGAGGAUUGUCUAUUGGCCUCUUACAAGUCUUAUGAAAAAGCUUUGUCUUUGGAACCUCUUGAAAUUGAUAGAACGAAUCUUCUGCGACGAAUAGGAAAUAUUCACAAUGAAUUAGGAGUAUUGUACAUGAAUCAGGCAAGUACGAGAUGUCAGCAGCAGCAACAGCAGCAGCAGCAACAACAACAAUCUCAAGAUAAUAAUAUUACUAUUGACAAAACAACAAGAAACAGCAAGGAUUCAGACGAUAUCAGUUGGCAUUUGACACAAUCAUUGAACCAUCUCGAAUCGGGUAUCAAGGCAUUCGAGAGUGUAUGCGACGAAGCUAAUCUCGCCCUUUUACAUUCGAAUAAGGGUCGAUUGAUGCGACUGUGUGCCCAUAUCAAUGUCAAUGAACGAAUUCAAGAGAGAAAUUUCUACAAAAAAGCACUUUGCAGUUAUCAAAGGGCUCUCCAGGUGCUAGGUAUGAGAAAGACAAACCCUGCGAUAUGGGAUACAGUUAAUUGGGAUUUAUCGACAACUCUCUUCACAAUGGCCACACUAUUUCAAGAUUAUCCAACCAUUGGUUUCGACAAUGAGGAGGAAUUGGAGAGAGAAGUUGUUGAAACUCUUCAUAAAGCUCUGAAACAUUGUGAUAUUGAUACGCCAGGCCCCAAGCAACCUGUUUAUCAAUUUCGUGGAGCGACGAUCCAUCAUCGACUUGGAUCCUUGUAUCAUCGUAUUUACAGGCGACUCGAAUCUGAUUCCGAUUCUAUCAAGCGUAAAACACCAUUACAACUGAGUAAACUUCAUUAUGAAAAGGCAGCCAAACUUUUUCUCUCAUUGGAACAACCAGUUGAAUUUUUAACUGUACAACUUGAACGAGUUGCUCUAGCUGAGUAUCAAGCACAAAUAGCAACGCUUUUUCAAAAUAAAUUGAAAGCCUAUCAAAAUGCUCUCGAUUGUAUUCUCCAAUGUAAAGAAAUGUUGGAUAAAAAUGUGCUUUUGAAGAAGGAACAACAAUUACUCAUGAAUAAGCAGAGUGAUUCAGAAGCAGCCCAUCGUUCCUCCAAUAAUUCUCUUACAGAGGAACAGGAUCAAAAUCAAGAGGAGGAGAAGCUCAUACUGUUGCUCGAGCAAAGAUUACAAUACUGUCUCAAGUCCUUGACCAAAUUGUGCCUCGGUAAGAAUAACAGCAAGCAGUACCAACAUCUAGCUGAUGUAUAUAAACGAUGUUACAGUCAGAGUUUGGUGAAAUUGGAAAAUCGAUCGGCCCUAUCAUUAGUUGAUCAUAUUGCUCAUCUUCUUCAGCAGCUUAGUGUCAAGCUCUGUCAAAUCCAUAAUCCUCUUCCAUGAUAAUCAUUAUAUAUACACUUGGAGUUGUUACAAAAUGAAAACACUACUUUCAUCAAG